CACUCUUGUCAACUUCAUCUCUCGCUCUAACAUCUCCUCCUUUCCAGAGAACUUUCAGCUCUCAAACCAUAGACUGCAACACAUCCUCUCUCUCUCUCUCCCUCUAAAAAAAAUAAAGCAUCUUCAGUUCAUACAAUAAACUUAAAACCUAUACAUAUAGUGAGAGAAACUGAUAUAUUUAUAUAGAUAGAUAGAUAGAUAUGCCAAGAAAAGGUAUGAGGAGUAUCUUCUUUUCAUCCAUGCCUUCAUCACCUUCGCACUCUACCACUUCUUCGCUUUCUCUUUUGACACCUUCCGACAUCAUAUCUGAAUCCAUCAUGGAACAGAACAUCGAAAUUGCUGAAUCAAUCAUUACAAAAUGGGAGGUUGAAGCUUCCGACUACUGUAAAGUUGCAUCUCUCUUCAGCGAAGAUAGGAGAGAGGCCAAGGAGUUUGUCAAAUCCGUGAAGGACUUGCAAGCUGCGAUGCAAUUCUUCAUAUCAAAGAAUUUGAGCUCCGACAAGCUUGUUCGAGCUCAUAACCUGAUGGGAAUCGCUAUGAAGAGACUUCAAAAAGAGUUCUAUCAGAUUUUGUCUACGAAUCGGAACUACCUUGAUCCGGAAUCUGUUACCAGUCGGUCUUCAGGACCGUCGACGGCGAGAACGAGCACUUCAGAUUUUGAAGAUUACACAUCUGAAGAUGAGAUUCAGAAUACUGCUGGUAGUUCAAUCUCCGAUGCGGAGAGUGUCUCGGAAAAUGUGAUGUCAGAUCUCAAACUGAUCGCCGAUUGCAUGAUUUCAUCUGGCUAUGGCAAGGAGUGCAUGAAGAUUUACAAACUUAUUCGAAAAUCGAUGAUUGAUGAAAGCUUGUACUAUCUCGGAGUUGAGAAAUUAACUUCGACUCAGAUUCAUAAGAUGGAUUGGGAGGUUAUUGAUAUCAAGAUCAAGAGCUGGUUGGACGCGGUGAAAAUCGCCGUGAAAACCGUCUUCCUAGGUGAGAGAAUCCUCUCCGACCACGUCUUCUCCUCCUCCGCCGGAAUCAUAGAGUCCUCUUUUGCGGAGAUUGCAAAAGAAAGCGCACUCACUCUCUUCGCAUUCCCCGAACUCGUCGCCAAAUCUAAGAAAUCACCGGAGAAAAUUUUCCGUGUACUCGAUCUGUACGAGUCCAUCUCCGACCUCUGGCCUGAAAUAGAAUCCAUCUUCUCAUUUGAAUCAACCACCGCCGUCCGUUUACAAGCCAUCAAUUCUCUCGUCAAGCUGGGCGAAAACGUCCGUGCAAUGCUGUCAGAUUUCGAGACGGCCAUUCAAAAGGACACGUCCAAAUCGCCGGUCACCGGCGGUGGAAUUCAUCCUCUGACGCGUUACGUAAUGAACUACGUUGUUUUCCUUACCGACUACAGCGGAAUACUCUCCGACAUUGUCGCCGACUGGCCGUUGUCCGUACAGUCUCCGUUGCCGGAAUCUUACUUUUCGAGUCCUAGCUUCGACGAUAGCCCAACGUCGUCGAUAUCCGUUCGAUUGGCUUGGAUCAUACUGGUCCUCCUCUGCAAACUCGACGCCAAAGCUGAGCUAUACAAGGACGUGUCACUCUCCUAUCUAUUUUUGGCAAACAACCUAAACUACGUCGUUUCGAAGGUCGGCACAUCAAACCUACGGCUUCUCUUAGGUGAAGACUGGUUGAUAAAUCACGAGACAAAGGUGAGACAGUACGCAGCGAACUACGAGCGGAUGGGCUGGAGCAAAGUGAUCUCAUCGUCGCCUGAGAAUCCAACGGCUGAUAUUUCACCUGAAGCAGCCAAGGAGUGUUUCAAGAGAUUCAACUCGGCCUUCGAAGAGGUGUACCGGAAACAGACAUCUUGGGUCGUGCCCGACCCGAAACUUCGAGACGAAAUCAAAGUCUCGCUCGCCAAGAAACUCGUGCCCUCCUACCUAGCGUUUUACGACAAGUACCAGAUGAUGUUCCGGCGAGAUUUGGGCGAUGAUUCGUUGGUCAGAUUUGCCCCUGACGAUUUGGGAAAUUACUUGUCUGAUUUGUUUCACGGAACGGGAGGUUCGGGUAGUACGUCGUCGUCAUCCCACUCAUCGAAUUAGCUUGAACCUUACGUCUGUUUCAAUUACGGGCCUUGGUUUUUUUUGCACGUGAUAGAAAUGACGACAGUGUUUUUUUUUGGUAAAUAAAUAAAUUGGAAUCUCAAAUAUUGACAACAGAGAGUAGAAACAUAUUGGAUGAUUCUUUGUAUUUUUUAUACUGCAUUAUUCUUUGAAUAUAAUCUUAUUUGAAUAUUUGAUCA